UGUAAUAUUCUGUUUAUUCUAUAAACACCAAUGAAAUACCAAAUCAUUGCAAAGGCGCGAUUUAUCAUGUAACCAUAGCAGCGGUGAUCUUUUCACGUGUGAAGAUAACAUGUUAUUUUCACAUGUGAAGAUAUCAUGUUUUCGCGUGAAAGCUCACUUGGUAUUUCAUUGGUGUUUAUAUAAUAAUCUGUGCAAUGUUUGGAUAUUUAUCUGCAUGGUGAUAUUUUCAGGGUGCUUAUGUCAUGAAUUGCGAUGGCAACAGCACAGCUCAGUAAAUCUCAUUUAUCAUAGGGUGUAUAUUUCAGCUUACAUUUUAUCUACAACUUUAUACAGGAGAAAAAAGAUUGGGCUAUUAGCAACACAAAGAUGGGGAGACAGCUUGCCCAAAUUUAACAGUCCAGAUACAAAACAACAGCUGACAGAAUUUGCUACUAGAAUUACUCCAGAGUGUGGGAUACCAGAACUACUCUUCAAUGCUGAUGGCAUUGCCAGACAUAUUCAGAAUUUCUUCAGUGAACAGCGACGAUACCAAAAGAUUAAAACAAGAUCCUGCAAGGUUUGUUAUUCUACUUGCACAGUGAAACUGAUCAUGAACCGAAGGAGGAAAAAAAGAUUUGAUAAACUAUGUUUUGUUUUGCAGUUGUCCAGUGGAAAAUUGUCUGCAAGUGGAAGUUCAUCUGCAUCUGGAUCAGAAAGAGAAAGUUCUCCUCCAUCUGAGGGUGGUCAUACAGAACCUGUCGAUGAGGAUAUCGAUGACAAUGAUGACUCCUGUAUAAGUGAAUCACCACCUUGCUCUCAAGUUCCCUCAGUUGUUGUGAGUGAAGGCAUGUCAGCUUGGCCCCUGGCAGUCAAUCAAGCAAUUGUAAAGGGUGUCUUUGGUUGUAUUUUAAACAGACAUGAUGUUGUUGACAUCAAUGAAGAAGUGGACUGUUUAAUGUCCAUAGAACAAGUGGGUGCUGGAGGGAAUAUAUGGACAUCUGACAAACACUACACUCUUCGUGAAAUGAUCACAAGAAAAGUACGAAAAUUUAACACUUCAGCCACACAUUAUCACCUCUCACUGGAACCGCAGAUGGGCGGAGCCCCCCUUAUGGAUCAACUGGAUGAGGUUUUUGAUUCUAUGGUAGACGAAAUGAUCUCGUUCCGUUUGUCCUCCAAAGCCGGUCAUUAG